AUGUUAGGGGAAAGAUGCUACCGCUUUUACGUAGUUAACCAAUUAACUUGGCCCGACGCUAAGAGAGAAUGUCGAGACCAAGGAGCUGAACUCCUCAAGGUCGAUGAUCAAUACGAACAAUUUUUUAUUUCCCAAUACCUGAGGCUCUUACAAGUUCCGACUUCGGAUGGACUUUUAACUGGUAUAUGGAUCGGGGCUAAUGACAGGGCAAAGGAAGGAACUUUUGUGUGGAACGCUGAUAAUACUGCUUUGACCUAUACCAAUUGGGCUCAAAAUCAACCUAACAAUGAGGCUGAACAAGACUGCGUGGCUAUGAUAGCUCAAAAUUAUUUUAGAUGGGACGACCUGAACUGCGAUAGACCUAUGAGAUUCGUGUGCGAAAAACCCAUCAUGAUUGAGACUACUCUUUUGUAUUAA